GGGUGGGGAACAUUGGUAUACAAAUAUUUUCUAACAGAAAAUGUAAAGAAUUGUCUUGUGUUCAGCUUUUCCCACGCUGAAAUUUUGUUUUCUCUGAGUGUUCUUUACCAGAACAAGUAUUUUACUGCCUGUUAAAAUCAUGGUAAUGGUUCUUUCUCUCUCCUCCCCAUUUGUUCUUUUUCCUAAAUAUUUGUAAAGGAAGGAGUUAACAGGAUAAGCAACAGAGGUUUCAAGAUGCAGCGUAAGAAUUACGUUCUUUGUCAUUUGUGGUUUAGAAAAGGGGGUUGUGGUCAGGCUCUGAGAGUGCUUUAAUGAAAGCUGUUACUGCUGGUAGAAGUUAAUGGUAAGAGAAUGAGAAGGCAAGAGAGAAAAUGUACUGACUACUUUAAUGUCGCUGGUUAGUGUUCUUCCUGAUGAAAGUGACAAUUAAGCCUUUUUCUGUUCAUUUUUAUUAUCCCUUUUGUUUAAAUGAGUAUUUUCUAGAUACAACAUGUCUUGUAUCUGAAUGCAAUUGUGUUUUCUACACACAAAAAGGAAACCACAACUCCUCAGCUUGCCAUAAACAGGCAGACCAUUUGUUUCUCUUGUCCUGGUUGGAUGCACAAAUCUUCUGUAUGUGUGCUGCUGCUUGCCCCGUUGCCUAGACGAUAACUUGCUCUCACAGAAGAUGUCUGGCUCUCGUAAAGAGUUCGACGUGAAGCAGAUUUUAAAAAUCAGAUGGAGGUGGUUUGGUCACCAGCAGUCUACGCCUAAUCCUAGUGUUGACUGUCAGCAGGAAGACUUCUGGAACAGAAGACACCAUGCAAGUACUGGUGGGAUAAAGUUCUUAGAUCCAGGCAACCUACCGCUACCUUUGGCAUCAAUUGGUUUCCAAAGGUCUGGCCAACAGGGUUUACAGAAUUCACCUUCCUGGCCAAUGGCAUCCAACUCUGAAGUGUCUACAUUGGAGUUCACCACAGAGGAUUGUGGAGGUGCACAUUGGCUUGAAAGACCAGAUGCUGAUGAUGGAGCAAGUGAAGAAGAAAACUUGUCUGACAGCAGUUCAUGCAGGACUUCCAACAGCAGCCAGACUCUAUCCUCUUGUCAUACGAUGGAGCCUUGUACCUCCGAUGAAUUUUUUCAAGCACUCAAUCAUGCAGAACAAACCUUUAAAAAGAUGGAAAAUUACCUGAGACACAAGCAAUUGUGUGAUGUGAUAUUAGUUGCUGGUGAUCGCCGGAUUCCAGCACACAGACUGGUGUUGUCUUCUGUCUCGGACUACUUUGCAGCCAUGUUUACUAACGAUGUAAGAGAGGCAAGACAAGAAGAAAUCAAAAUGGAAGGUGUAGAGCCAAAUGCACUAUGGGCUUUAGUACAAUAUGCAUAUACAGGUCGCCUUGAAUUAAAAGAAGACAAUAUUGAGUGCCUAUUAUCUACAGCUUGUAUUCUCCAGCUCUCUCAGGUUGUAGAAGCUUGCUGUAAAUUUUUAAUGAAACAGCUUCAUCCAUCAAAUUGCCUUGGAAUCCGCUCCUUUGCUGAUGCACAGGGAUGCACGGAUUUGCACAAAGUGGCACACAAUUACACUAUGGAGCAUUUCAUGGAGGUAAUUAGAAAUCAAGAAUUUUUAUUGUUGCCAGCCACUGAAAUUGCAAAGCUUUUAGCCAGUGAUGAUAUGAAUAUUCCGAAUGAAGAGACCAUUCUAAAUGCAUUGCUUACAUGGGUGCGGCAUGAUUUGGAGCAGAGAAAGAAGGAUCUCAGUAAACUCUUGGCAUACAUCAGGCUGCCGUUACUUGCACCACAGUUUUUAGCAGAUAUGGAAAACAAUGCUCUCUUUAGAGAUGACAUCGAAUGUCAAAAGCUCAUUAUGGAAGCAAUGAAAUACCACUUGUUGCCAGAGAGGCGACCCAUGUUGCAAAGUCCUCGUACAAAGCCUAGGAAGUCUACAGUUGGUGUGUUGUUUGCGGUUGGUGGCAUGGAUGCCACUAAAGGAGCAACAAGCAUUGAAAAGUAUGAUCUCCGCACCAAUAUGUGGACUCCUGUAGCAAACAUGAAUGGGAGAAGAUUACAGUUUGGAGUAGCUGUGUUAGAUGAUAAGUUGUAUGUUGUUGGUGGUAGAGAUGGACUGAAAACAUUGAAUACUGUGGAAUGUUACAAUCCUAAAACAAAAACCUGGAGUGUGAUGCCACCGAUGUCUACUCAUCGACAUGGACUUGGGGUGGCUGUAUUGGAAGGUCCUAUGUAUGCUGUAGGAGGACAUGAUGGCUGGAGCUACCUGAAUACAGUAGAAAGAUGGGAUCCACAAGCACGUCAGUGGAACUUUGUGGCUAGCAUGUCCACUCCAAGAAGUACAGUGGGAGUAGCAGUAUUAAGUGGAAAACUAUAUGCAGUUGGUGGUCGAGAUGGAAGUUCUUGUCUUAAGUCUGUAGAGUGCUUUGAUCCUCAUACUAACAAAUGGACACUCUGUGCUCAAAUGUCAAAAAGAAGAGGGGGUGUUGGAGUAACAACCUGGAAUGGAUUUCUUUAUGCUAUUGGAGGUCAUGAUGCACCUGCUUCCAACUUAACAUCCAGGUUGUCUGACUGUGUGGAAAGAUAUGAUCCCAAAACAGAUAUGUGGACUGCAGUGGCUUCCAUGAGCAUUAGCAGAGAUGCAGUGGGAGUCUGUCUUCUUGGAGACAGAUUGUAUGCUGUUGGAGGAUAUGAUGGACAAACCUACCUUAACACAGUGGAAUCCUAUGACCCCCAAACAAAUGAGUGGACACAGGUUGCACCGUUGUGCCUAGGAAGAGCUGGGGCAUGUGUUGUGACUGUAAAACUCUAAUUACAAAGCUAUCUUUCUUUUCUAUGGGCUCUCUAGGUUUUUUGUCUCAAAUUACUAAAUUAUAAUUCAAUAAGGUACUGUGUAUCUUCACGGAGCAAAGAGUUUGGUCUUAUCUAUUAACUAAACCUUUUUUAAAAAAACAACAAUGGACCAACAUAUGCACUUUUUAAAAAUGAGUAAUGCAAUUUAUGUACAUUUAUUUGUAACAGAAUACACUGCAACCAGCUGGAUUGCUAUAAAAAAUGUUCUUUUAAAUAUACAGAUUGAAAAAAUAACCGGUGCCUACAAAUUACGGUUUAUGCCCCAGGAGGCUUUGAAAUGAAUUUUAUUUUUCUUCUUCUUUUUUUAGUACCAUUGAUUUCAUUCCAGUGUGUGUGUUUGGAGGUUCAGGGUACAGAAUGCAGAUAUUGACCUUUCAAAUGUUUUAUUUUGACUGUUGGAAUAUUAUUUUUACAUGGUACAAAAACAAACCAAAUGCAACAAAAUCCAAGUAUCUAAUGUACCUCUUGCAGGGGGAAAUUCUGUACAUUUGAUGCCUGUAACUCUCACCACAGCUUAAGUUUUGUAGCCUUUUUUAUUUAACCAAAGCCUUACUUUAAUUAUUGUCUUAGUAUGCAAAGAAAACCUGCUAUGGGAUACAUUCAACAGCACUGCAGCAUCCAGGAAGCUAGUUGGAUUUUGUAUUCUUUUAUGUAACUUGUGGUACACUGUAUACAUUUAUACAUAAUUUCACCUCUUUUUGAGUUUGAUUGUAUUUUAACUUGGUAGGUUUCCUCCCAAAAGCAGACUGAGGGAGAAAGUGGGAAGAGAUCUGAAGUAUGAUUAAAAGUGACAUUAAUUGGUGGCUUCUGAAGCAUUCCAUGAUCUGAAAAUCUAUGUAAUAACUUUAAUUGAAUUUGAAAGUGGAGUUUGCACAGAUCUAAAUGCGUAUUUAAAAGGUGAAAAGUUCUUUGCAUUUUAAUAAGUGUUACUUUUUUAAAAAGUGGGCAUUAUCCUGUACAAGUGGUGUGUCCUUUUUGGAUAUUUAACCACUUAAAAAAAAGACUUCCACUAUUUUCAAGAAUCAGACUCGUGUGGUUAAAUUAUUUAAUAUUGUAAUGGAUUUUCUUUAUCAUUUGCCUUAUUGUGUUGACCUCUUACAUACUCAUAAUUACUUGGGUGUUCCAAGUGUUCUCUGAAACUUUUAUAUUUUCUUUUGUGCCUUGUUUCUUUUGUACACAUUAUUGUACUUUGUCUUGAAAAAGCUGAAGGUGUAAACUCAAGGAACUUUUUUAAGUAAACGGAAGGCAUCUGAUACCUAAAGCCUUUUUGUAAUUUUUAAUACAGUUCUGAAUUAUGUGGCUCA